AUGGCUAUCGACAAGCUGGUCAAGGAGCCGAGUCUCGUCGCGGUCCUGCAGAUUUCGGACCAGGCACGCGACCAGGCGAGCGCUCUCGUCAACCUCGCUGAGCAGCCACACAAUGAAGCAUCCGCACCGGCCGAGAUCCAGUCCGAAAUCGCAAAGCAGCAGAAGCUCCUCUUUACCACUAUGGCCCACCUGCGGGGACUGCAUCGAAACGCCAGCUUGUCCGCUCGCGAGACCAAAGCCGAGACUGCUGAGGCGCGUCAGGAAGUCGAUCGUCUACAUCUCCAGCUCCAGAACCUGUAUUAUGAACAAAGGCAUCUGCAAGGAGAGAUCACUGCCUGCGAGUCAUACGACCACAAGUACCAACAACUGCCUCUCAUCUCCGUUGAAGAGUUCCUUGCCCAGCAACCCGAACAUCAAAACGACGACGAAAACACCCUCAUGGUGGCUCGCAUCGAUCACGAACGAGCGGAACGUGAAGCUCUCGAACAGCAGCGCCAGGAGCUUCUGAAGCGCAAACAGAAGCUCAUUGCUGAUAACAAGAGACGAAAGGAUGACUUGGCCAACCUGGAUAAUGACUUGGAGAAGUUCAUUGACGCCGCAAAACCGAUCCAGAAACUUUUCGACAAGGCACCCUAG